AUGAAACUGGAGGUGUUUGCCCCCCGCGCCGCGCACGGAGACAAGCCAGGCAGCGACCUGGAGGAUGCCGGCGGCCCCGACUCGCCGUCCCCGCUGUCGGCGGCCGGCGACGAUUCUCUAGGCUCCGACGGGGACUGCGCGGCCAACAGUCCGGCGUCGGGGGACGGAGCCAGGGACCCAGCGAGCGGCGGGCCGAACUCCCAGGGCCGUCCCGAGGCGGCCGCGGGCGGAGCGGAGCCCCGCGCGGAAGGGCCGAGGGCGGGCGGCGGCGGGGGCGCGCGCGGGAAGCCGUACACGCGGCGGCCCAAGCCCCCCUACUCCUACAUCGCGCUCAUCGCCAUGGCCAUCCGCGACUCGGCGGGCGGGCGCCUGACGCUGGCCGAGAUCAACGAGUACCUCAUGGGCAAGUUCCCGUUUUUCCGCGGCAGCUACACGGGCUGGCGCAACUCGGUGCGCCACAACCUCUCGCUCAACGACUGCUUCGUGAAGGUGCUACGCGACCCUUCGCGGCCCUGGGGCAAGGACAACUACUGGAUGCUCAACCCCAACAGCGAGUACACCUUCGCCGACGGGGUCUUCCGCCGCCGCCGCAAACGCCUCGGUCACCGGGCAACGGGCCCCACGCCGGGGCUGGGGCCUGAGGAGGCGCCCCCGCCGCCCGCGCCCCCCGCCGCCCCGGCCUCUCCGCGCGCGCGCUCCCCGGCUCGCCAAGAGGAGCGUGGCAGCCCGGCGAGCAAGUUCUCCAGCUCCUUCGCCAUCGACAGCAUCCUCAGCAAGCCCUUCCACGGUCGCCGCCGCAGCGACGCAGCCUCCGUGCCGCUGCUGUGGGGCGCCGCGCCCUGCCCGCCGCUGCGCGCCUACCCGGCUCUCUUGCCCGCGGCUCCCGGCGGCGCCCUGCUGCCUCUCUGCACCUACGGCGCGGGCGAGCCGGCGCUCCUCGGCGCGCACCGGGCUCCGGUGCAGCCCGCCGCGCCGCCCCUGCUGCUCGGGCCGGUGUCCGCAGCGUCCCCGGCCACAGCCAAGCCCUUCCGAGGUCCCGAGGCCGGCGGGGCCGCGCACCUGUACUGCCCCCUACGGCUGCCCGCGGCCUUGCAGGCGCCUGCGACCUGCGGGCCUGGCCCGCACCUGCUCUACACGGUGGAGAAGCUCCUGGCCUGAGCUCCAGUGGGGAGCAGUGGGACACAGGAUCCAGGGCUGUGCACUUGCUAUCCAGAGGAAAAGAGACUUUUUCAAAACUCCAUCAGAGUGCCUUAAAGAUAAGCAUUUUGACAGAAGUGUUUUAACUUAGUCCAGAAUAUUUUCCUUUGCGUUUUUUAACUUAACAGAGGACCAAAGCAGUUCUUUUCACUUGGCCAAGCCUGUCCUCUUCUUAAUAAGGUCUCUCCUCCUCCUUCCUCCUUCCCUGGCCCCCAAGUCCUUUUUGUUGCACCUUUCACUGAUUUAUCUUCCUCACCCUCAAAAAAAAAAAAAAAAAAAAAAGCAUAUCAGGGAACCAUUCCAUGGGAUAAGUUAUAUGACUACUAUUUGGGGUUAGUGGGACCCCACUGGCGUACGUAUGUGGCAUUCAUAGGUGUGAUUGAGUGUGAUAUCUGUCAGACAGUCUUCGGUCAUUGUUCUGCUACUGACCAAUGCUUCACUGUGCCAAAAGAGGGGGAAAUGUUGGGUUUUGUAGUUAAAUUAUUUAUAUAUUUUUGAAAAACCUAAAUUGAAAGUGUUGCAGGCAACGGCUACAACUUUAUUAGUGGUUCUCUAAUUAUGGUCUCCUUGGGCCAAGCCAUUUCUUUAAAGGAAAAGUUAACCUUAUGAUUCGGGGGUGCCAGGACCACCACCAUGUGAAAGCAAGUAUGAUUUUUAUUUUUAAUAUUAUUUUGUUUGUGUCUGUGUAAAUAUUCAUGUAUAAAUUUUAAGAAACCCAGA